AUGCAUUCUGCAACUGCUGUGAGUCCUUUUGUGUUCAUGGCUCUGUUUUUCUCACUGGUUGAAACCAAGUACUACAGACCAUUCCAGUUUCACCAGUAUAAAACUGGGCUCAGUCAACACCAUGACCAAGGAAAACCCACCAGCAGACACAAGAACCACUGUGCCUACGUCACUGAAAAAACAGUGUCCUUCACUGUGCAGGAUGGAGCAGCCCCUUAUGUAAAAGCUGAGUACAACAAAUGCUCCUGGGGACAAAAAUGUCCAACUCUCUUGUAUCGCCUGCUGUACAAGCCAAUUCACAAGGUGGCACAUAAAACUGUCACAGAGCUGGAGUGGCGCUGUUGUCCUGGGUAUUCUGGUUAUGGCUGUAUGGAAGGACAUCCAGUUUACCAUUACCCCAUGAAAAUGAUGCCACCAUUCAAGGGCCCACCAAUGAAGGGCCCACCGUUCAAGGGUCCACAGUACAAAGGUCCCAUGUUCAAGGGUCCGAUGUUCAAAGGCCCCCCUAUUAACACUGCUGUGAAAGCGAACCCAUGGAGUCAACCCAAAGGACCACCAACCAGCAGUUUCAGCUCCUACCCAAUGCGUCACUUUGGGCCUCCGCCCUCUUUCCCAGACACUUCUUUUGAGCCUUAUCCAUCUGAACCAGAGCAAAUGCCAGACCACCAGGAGCCACAUCACACAGAGAACAUCCAAGAACAUGAACAUGAGCACAGCCAAGGACCGGAGGACAUUAUACCAGAGGAAAUCCCUCCUCCUCCCUCUGGUGGUGAACAGCCCGAGGAGGAGAACAUAGGCCAAGCUAUUGACAGUGAAACAGAGGAGCGAAUAUUUCGAAUGGAGGAGGAUGUGCGGCAUCUAAACCAGGGUCUGGAGACCCUGAGAGCAACUGUCAAUGGACUGGAAGAUAGUCUAAGAGCCUCGCUAAGAGAGGAUGCAAACAGGAUGCUGUCUGCUCUGCUCUCUGCUGCCCCUGGUCCUGUUCCAGCUCCAGCUGUAGCCUCUAGUCCAUCCACUGUCGGGUUUGUAGAAAUUCCCGGUGGAGGCCCUGACACAGAGGGUCUAGACGGCAGACAUGUGUUUCCAGGCCUAACAGAACUGAAUAAAAGGGUAGAGGAGCUCAGGACAGGGCUGCAAGCCAAGACAGCAGAGCUGGAGGAGCUCAAAUCAGCAGUGACAAUGCAUGAUGGAGCACUGAAAAAGAUUUCAAAUAGAGAAGGUGGUGCAUCAGACUCCACAGGCAAUCUUGGGAAAGCUAUGGAGAAGCUAAUGGAUGCCAAACUAAGUGCAGCCAGGACUGACAUUCUUGGUGGUUUUGAGAAGCGUGUGGAAAGCGCAGAGGGCCGAUGCGACGAGAAAGCUGGGGAUGUAAGCCGUCAGUGCCAAAGGGAACAAGGCGAACAGCAGAAGCAGAUGGAAGAUGUCCUGCAGGAAAGUACCACAAACAUGAGAACAGAGCUGAGAAACCUGCGCUCACAGAUUCAUGGUUUAAAAGCUACAGAAAGCUGCUGUGGUAGAAUGACUGGACUGCAUGAUAGGGUGCAGCUGCUGGAAACAUCAGUGGCAGGUCUCAACCAAUCCCAGGGGCACCUGAGAGUGGAGCUGGGUGGACACAAGGACCACAUAGAGGGAAUGCUGGAGGGCCGUCUGGCAUAUGUGGAGGACAAGCUAAACCUGACUGGUCAAAUUAAAAGUGAUGAGUCUGGAAGGAAGAGUGGUGUCCUAGACAGAGCUGUGACAGGACAGGGCUUGGAGGCCAGAUUGGAGGGUAAGUUGAGGGCUCUGGAGGGCCGGUUACUGACAGCUUUGGAAGAGCUGGGUAAUGCCACUGCUCCUGCACUGCUGGAAGGUCAUGCUGUUCCCACUCUGGAGACAGAGCUGGAGUCCCUCCGAGGGAGACUCGAGGUGGACGUGGACAGAGUGCAAAAGCAGCUCAACAGUCUCGAGAGUAUCUGCACCUCUUCUUGUUCCUCACCUCAAAAAUCUGCCAUCCAGGGAGACUCGGCUGCACCGAGUGAAAAACUUGCAGAGGAGCAAAAUGUGAAGGAGGCUCUGGACCUGCAAGGUGACCGUCUGAAUAGCUUCAAUAAUACACUGCAAAAUAUCCUAAAGCAUCUGGCCCAAAGGGACCAGCAGCAGCAAGGAGAGCGAGAUUCACCCAUCCAGGGAGAGCUAACACUCCUCAAGUUCAAUGUUCGUUCUGUCAACCACACCCUGAGAGGCCUUCAGCACUCCUUGGGGACGGUGGUCCAUCAGGUGGGUCAAGCCAACAGCACCUGGCAUGAGAGAGAGGCUCGCAUGGCUCAGCAAAUAAAGGGUGUGGUCCAGCUGGUUGGACAUCAGGCUUCCAUGCUUGGGGCAGGUGAGCGCAGACUGACCCGACUUAAGGGUGAGCUGCAGGAGAUGAAGAGGCGGCUGGCCGAAGAGGUCCGAGGGUGCCGGAGCAGAGCUUUGGUGGUCCAUAAAGAGGUAACUGAGGUUGGAGGGCGUGUCGCCAGUGUGGAGGACCAGUGUAAGGGCCUGAAUUACUUGGCCGAGGACCUGGAGAGAAUCAGGGAGGAGCUGGAGAGACAAUCGAAUGGUCUUCUCCUGCAGGUCAAUGGGACUCUCUCAAGCCAUGCUCAGCAGCUGUCUGAGCUCAAAGGUGAACUGAGAAACUGCACCUCCAAGGUAGAGCCAACACAACACAGCUUAGAGAUGAAGCCAGAGCUGAGACGAGGGGACACCUUCACUUUGAAUUAG